CUUACUGUUGUUUGCGGUGUCUGCUCAGAGGCAAAAGAAGAUGUUUGUCAGCUGACCAGAAAUGAAGUUGCUGUUAAAUGUAUUUUGUUUCAGCACUUGCAGUAAAGACAGAAGCAACGUCACGGUGUCUCCAACAAUGAGCUUCACAUGAUCGGGACAAUCAGACUGAUCUCACCCAGCGACAGCAGACUAUGGCUUCACAACAAACAGCCUGCCUUUUCUCGCCCCGACAAUCACAAGUGAAUCUCUCUGUUUGACAUUCCUUUCUUUGGUCUUCUUUUACUGCCUUCCCUUUUCUCGCUUACCUUUUAUUUUGUAAGCAUCCUGUGUUCUUUCUGUGAUAAUGGAGGACGCACAGCCUGUGCAGCCCAGCCUCAACUCCUCCUAUAUCCCGGCUGCUCUCGGCCACCACCAGUUAUCUGAGGAUGAGGAGAGCGAGGACCAGAAUCCCUCAACCUCACUGCUGCCCAAAAAUUUGUCAGUGCCUCUAGCCGUUCGCUACAGUCCAGAGGACUCCUACUUUCUGGUUUACAUCAUCUUCUUUCUGAUGGGCAUCGGCUCCCUGCUGCCCUGGAACUUCUUCAUAACAGCAAAACACUACUGGCUCUACAAACUGAGCAACGACACGCAUCACAGCAGCAGCGAGGAGCAACGUUCAGACCUCAGCGACUACUUUGAAAGUUAUCUGGCCAUCGCCUCCACGGUGCCCUCUGUGCUUAGUCUGAUACUCAACUAUGUCCUGGUUAACCGGGUGUCUUCCAAUGUGCGGAUCCUGUUCUCCCUUAUGGUGAUCCUGCUGGUGUUUGUGGUGACCACGGUGAUGGUGAAGGUGGACGUGUCUGACUGCAGGACGGAGUUCUUUAUUGGCACGCUGGUCAGUGUGGCUGUCGUUAGCGGAGCCUCCAACGUCUUCUCUGGCAGCGUGUUUGGGAUCAGCGGGCAUUUCCCCAUGAGGAUUUCCCAGGCUCUGAUAUCAGGCCAGGCCAUGGGAGGCACGCUGAGUGCACUCGCAUCCAUAGUGGACCUGGCAGUGGCGAAGGAUGUGACAGACAGUGCGCUCGCCUACUUCCUCACAGCCGACGUCUUCAUCCUGCUCUGCAUCGUCACAUACCUGCUACUGCCCAAGCUCUCAUACACUAGACACUACAUGCAGGCAGCAAUGCACACUAGUUCAGGCAGGAUGAGCGAGGGGGCAGCAGCAGUGUCGGUCCCACCGCUGCGGCCAAUCCUCAGGAAGACAUGGGUGCUGGGCCUGAGCGUCUUCUACGUCUUCUGUGUCUCUAUCAUGGUGUUCCCUGCAGUAUCCUCAGGAAUCCAGUCUGCCAAUAAAGACAGUGGCAGCCCCUUGACAACCACUUACUUCGUGCCUCUCACCAGUUUCCUCCUGUACAACGUAGCGGACUUCUGCGGCAGGCAGGCCACGGCCUGGCUGCAGGUCCCCGGCCCUACCAGCCGGGUCCUGCCUGUACUGGUGCUGUGCCGCUCCGUCAUGGUGCCACUCAUCAUGUUCUGUAACUAUCAGCCGAGGGACAACCUCCACACCGUGCUUUUCAGCCACGACCUGUACCCUGUGGUCUUUAACUGCCUGCUAGGCCUCACUAAUGGCUACUUAGGCACUCUGCCAAUGAUUUAUGGCCCUAAGGUGGUUCCUCGAGAGCUGGCGGAGGCCACAGGAGUCGUCAUGUCCUUCUUCCUCACUCUGGGUCUGGCUGUGGGAUCUGCUUUCUCUGUGCUCAUUGUGCACUGCAUCUGAGCAGGCUGCUGUCAUUUACAGCUGUAAAGUUGAGCUUUACAGCAGACAGCGGCUGGACAGCAGAGACUGACACUGCGGGGGUUAAGUGCACCAGUGUUCUACCAUGACGGAAAAAAGACAAUGAUCAAUUCAACUCUAAAAAGCCUUAAUGCCUCUAACUGUACAUUAUUGUGUUUGCUCGUGAUGUGAGCCUCCGGACUUUACCUUCAACAAUAGCAAUCUGUGCAGUCCAUAAGACCUCAUUAACAACAUCUAUUUGGUUCAGGGGGUGAAUAUUUGUGGUACAUAUUAAAGGUUGUUAAGCGUUAUAUUGUUUCUAACUGUAAUAAAAACAGUGAUCUUGCAGUAUUUUAAACCUCAAAUUGAACAGGAGGCGCGAGGAUGCAUUGCUUUGAGAUGCUCCUUUCUGACAAAGUAGUACACCUUUUUAUUAGGGAUUCUAUUUCAUACAAAUAUUAAUAUUAAAACAUAUCAGAAGUCAUUUUCAUUUUCAAUAGCUUCUAAGUCAUGUGGCCUAGUGACUCAUUUUUUGGAAAAUGUGUGGAAAAAUAUGUUUCUAAUUUCUACCCAAUCCCUUACACUCUCAUGACUCAGUGACUGCCAAACUAUACAAAAUAACUUCACUGAAGGCAAAGACACUUGCUUUUUAUUGGAUUUAAUGGUUUCUUUUACAAAUAACCUCCAAUUCUGAGGAAUACAGCUGAAAGUGAAUACAGCUCCAGCACUCAAAAAUGUUCUUAAAUCUCUAUCUCUACAUGUAUUGCAGCCAUUCCAGUGUCUGUUGAAUUCCAACACAGAUAAGAAAUUGUCAGUAGUUUAUAUAAUACAAUAAAAAAUAAAAACUCAGACAUAACUAUAAAUAAUAAAACAAGAGAAAAUGAUAA